AUCACAUUUCAAAGGUGAAGGUCUUUUGCUAUCUCGCGUUGCUCGACGGAACACACCGCACUACACGCCGCAAUGGAAAACUUAAAACCAUUUCAACAUUUUGCUACAAAUGCUAUUCAUGCUGGACAGGAACCAGAACAAUGGGCUUGCAAGGCGGUCGUGCCUAUGAUUUCGAUGUCAACAACAUUCAAACAGGAGGGACCUGGUCAACAUUGUGGAUACGAGUACUCUCGGAGUGGCAACCCUACCCGUAAUUGUUUAGAACAAUGCAUAGCCUCUAUAGAAGGAGCGAAGUAUGGGAUGGUGUUCUCCUCUGGGCUGGCUACCACCACUGCCAUCACUCACCUACUGAAGGUGGGUGAUCACAUCGUCAGCAUGAAUGAUCUCUAUGGCGGCACUAACAGAUACUUCAAGCAAGUGGCGUCCAGGAAUGGAAUUGAAACAUCAUUUGUUGAUUGCACUGUACCAGAGAAAGUUGCGGCUGCAAUCAAACCAAACACUAGGAUGGUGUGGAUGGAGACUCCCACGAACCCCACCAUGCAGCUAGUGGAUAUUGAAGCUGUGGUCAACGUGGUCAAGAAGGUCAAGGCCGCCGACCAAGACAUCUUUGUGGUCGUGGACAACACAUUCAUGUCCUCUUACUUCCAGAGACCGUUAAGCUUAGGAGCUGAUAUCGUGAUGCAUUCCCUGACCAAGUAUAUGAAUGGUCACUCCGAUUCCGUGAUGGGUGCAUUGGCCACUAACAACCAAGUAUAUAGUGAUAGACUCCGAUUCCUGCAAAAUGCAUUUGGACCAGUUCCAUCACCUUUCGAUUGUUACCUGGUAAACAGAGGACUUAAGACACUCCAUGUCAGGAUGAAGGAACACAUGAAAAAUGGUUUAGCUGUAGCACACUUUCUGGAGAAACACCCAUGUGUUGUUAAAGUUAUCCAUCCAGGGCUACCAUCUCACCCUCAGCAUGAACUGGCCAAGAGACAGAUGAGAGGCUUCAGUGGCAUGGUGUCAUUUUACAUUAAGGGAGGUCUGAAUGAGGCUUCAAUCUUUCUCAAAAAACUCAAGGUUUUCACCCUAGCCGAAAGUUUAGGAGGCUUUGAAAGUUUGGCUGAACUUCCCUCUGUGAUGACGCAUGCCUCCGUACCUGCGGAGGAACGGGAACAGUUGGGGAUCACUGACAAUCUUAUCCGCCUAUCCGUAGGCCUAGAGGACGAGGUGGACCUUCUGGAUGACCUUGAUCAGGCUUUGAAAUCAGCAGCGCUGUAGACUUGUAUGGAGCUAUGAGAUGAUAGGAGCCUAGUGAAGGAUGAAUGCUGGACUACAGUAAAAAAAACAAGAUCUUACAAAACAAUUCAUCAACAUUUUCUCUACAGUAAAAAACAGAUUUUACCAAGUAAUCAGCAUUACUGCAGUGUUCAUCCAAAUCCUAACAAAUUAUUUGUGCUUUCUCUACAGUAAAAAACAGAUUUUACCAAGUAAUCAGCAUUACUGCAGUGUUCAUCCAAAUCCUAACAAAUUAUUUGUGCUUUCUCUACAGUAAAAAAAUGGAUUUUACCAAGUAAUCAGCAUUUUCACUGCAGUAUUUAUCCAAAUCCUAACAAAUUAUUUGUGCUUUCUCUACAGUAAAAAAUUGGAUUUUACCAAGUAAUCAGCAUUUUCACUGCAGUAUUUAUCCAAAUCCUAACAAAUUAUUAGUGCUAUCUCUACAGUAAAAAAAAAAAGGUCUUGCCAAGUGCUACCACAAAUACCUGUUACAUACUUACAUAUCCACCUAUAAAUAAUUAUAUUGAUGACAUAGAUGAUUAUCACACUGCACAUAACACCAGUCAUGAUUAUUUUUAAUCUUGAACCCGUUAGAUUGUUAUCCGACACUUCACCUACCAAUAAUGGCAAUGUUAUACAAAAACCUAUCUUUGGGGAAAAGUUUGUAUUUUGAAAAUAUUAUUAAAAAUGAAAUAGAACUUUUCUACUGAUUUACUGUAUCAUUAUGUACCUGGUACCUGGAAAUAUUAUUCGUCAUUUAAUCAGUGAUAAAAUCAUGAUUUAUUCCUAUGAUAUGUUUUGAAUUACUUGUAUUAAAAAUCAAUUUUCUAUAAUAGCUCACCUGUCUUAAAAGGGCAAGUAAGAUUAUGCCUUCGCACUAGCCCUGAAUGACUGAGUAGAAAACCCCACGAGAUUUGUUAUACAGAUGUAUGAAGGGAUUACCUUUGGUUUAAAGAAUCCUUGAAAAAGGUAUGGCCAUACUGUGGAAUGAAAACUCAUUUCGUAUGCCUGUAUAAUAUUUGACCUGUUUUUAAUUUGAAAUAUCAGGUGAGCUUUUAAGGCCCUUGGGCCACUUAUUUACCUAUCGUGCACCAGAUCUGAUAAAAUUUACAUGUUCAAGCUGCUGGUUUUAUCAUGGAAAUGUUUUUGAUUUCGUUGUGUUUUACUGACUGUUUUUACAACUUUUAUUUAAUCUACAAUUAAGAUAUAUUCCAUAUGAAAAAUUUAAAGAUAGUAUACAUAUUGACCAAUUCAUUAUUGUGUUUUGUAUACAGGUACCUGUUGUAAGGUCACCUUUGAUGUUGCUGAAUUAUUAUUAUAUUAUGGGUGGGGGGUUUAAAACCAGAUCUGCAUACCAUUCCUGAUAUUAAAUAACUAUGUAUUUGAUGCGUGUGGUGGGGUCUCUGAGAAAGUGCCUCCCACUCCUUCUCUGCAGUUAUUUAUGGAACAGCCAUUAGUGGAAGUUGUUUAGUUUGUUUUAAAAGAUGGUUAAUAGAAUCUUCCCCUACCUUGAGGGUGUGGCAGAGAAAUCUCCAAAACGAGGGGUGAUGUAUUUUGGUUGUCUUAACCCGAGGGUCUGCCGAGGGUUAGACAACCAAAAUAAUUGCCCAGAGGGUUGGAGAUGUCUCUGUUACACCCUAUCUCCUCCUAGGGGGUGACAAGCUGAUCUUUCCUGGCAAAAACGGGAGACACCCCUGUGAAGGGUGGGAGAAAAUACAACAUGUUAAUGUUUCUGUGGAAGUUGUUAAAGUUUUGCAUAAUCAAUCGUAUAAGGGUAAAAAUCUCAUUUCAAUCAGAAAAUGUCCGACAUAACAGGUACUGGUAUUAAUUAAAAUGAUUAUUCAGUUCACAUAAAAACGAUGUUUACACUUACCUGGUAAAAUAUCAAUUGUGACUAUAAUAACCUGGUAAAAUAUCAAUUGUGACUAUAAUAACCUGGUAAAAUAUCAAUGGUGACUAUAAUAACCUGGUAAAAUAUCAAUUGUGACUAUAAUUACCCAGAAGACUCCUUCUCCAUGUGUAUGUACUUGCAAAUCCUGUUUUAUGACCAAGAAUGUAUGUGUAAAAUUCAGGCAUAAUAAAAUAUUAUUUUCUUC